AUGGCAAAUUCUGGUACUCAAACCGCUUCUAAAGAAGUUCAUACAAACAGCAACGCUACUAGCACCACCGCCACGCAAUCCUCACAGGAUGUAGGUCUCAUCUUUGUUCGUGAGUAUUAUACUUUUCUGAACAAGAAACCAAAUAGACUUCAUGCCUUUUAUAACAAAGACUCUCUCUUUGUAAGAGGCGAUGAAGGUACUGUGACUGAAACAGCGAGAGGUCAAGAGGAAAUUCGCAAAAAGAUUGAAGAAUGUAAGUUUGAAGACUGCAAAGUCUUGGUCACUCAGGUCGAUAGUCAACUCUCUGCCAAUGAUGGCAUCCUCAUUCAUGUCUUGGGAGAAAUGUGCAAUCAGAACGGACCCUCUCAAAAGUUCAGUCAAACUUUCUUCUUAGCUACUCAACCUAAUGGAUACUAUGUAUUGAAUGACAUCUUCCGAUUCUUAAAAGAUGAAGUCGAAAUCGAUUACUAUACCUGUGAGGAAGAAGAGCCUGCCAAGAAACCUACCUCUGUUCCUACUCCUGCUCCUGCAACUACAGCACCAGCAACAACAACAACUACUACUACAGCAGAAGCCCCUGAAGUUGUCAAAAAGGAAGAAGAGCCUGAGAAGGAGGAGCUUAAAAAGGAUGAACAGGAAACAAAGAAAGUGGACAUUGCUGUUGAUGAAAACAAAAAGACAGAAACUGAACAACAACAGCCUGUUACUGCUUCACCCAUUCCUUCCAAGGUCCCUACUACUGUCACUCCUCCUCCUACUCCUGCUCCAGUAAAAGAUGAGACUGCUGUUGAUGAAAAGAAAAAGAAGCCUGAAUCAAAGCAACCUAAUAAACCCCAACAGAAGCAACAACAACAACAACAACAACAACAAGAAAAAGAAACCGAAAAGCCUACUAAACCUGCUGCGCCAAAGACAUGGGCUAACUUGACUGCCGCAGCAGCAGUAGCUACUGGUCCUACAACAGCUGCAACUACUACAACUAGCACAGCUAAUAAUAUCAUUCCUACACCAGCAACACCGCCAUCUACAGAAGCAUCUGCCACACCUGUACCCGUAGCAGCUCCUUCACCUGUGGUAGCUAAUUCAGAAAAACCAGCUCAACAACAACAGCAUCAACAGCAUCAACAGCAUCAACAAAAUAAACAGACGCCUCGUAACAAAGAUGCUAUUACACAAAUCUUUGUCAAACAAGUGUACGAUAAUAUUACUGAGGAUCAACUUAGGGAGGCAUUUUCAAAGAUUGGACCUGUCAAACAUAUCAACAUUUCUAGACCAAGAAACUGUGCCUUUGUUGAAUUUGCUUCACCUGAGACUGUCCAAAAGGCACUAGCUCAACAUAAAGUUACUGUUCAAGGUGGAAACAUCGUUCUUGCAGAAGAACGCCGUUUUAACAGUAGCAACAAUCAAUCUGGCAAUCGUUUCAAUAACAGCAACCAAGGCAGAGGACAGAACUAUAACAGCAACUUUGAUCGCCGGCCUAAUAGCCAUCGCCGUCAAGGACAGAACGCACGUAACAAUCAAAGUAAUGCAAAACAAAGCAGAGGAACGACAGCGACGACGAACGCUCAAAAAUAA